GAACAAUAUAUUGUAACAUAUUAUCGCAUUUAGAUGGAAUUAGAAAGAAUUAUACAUACAAUACAUAGAUUGAAAAUUCCUGAAAAGGGCAGAUUCUUAUUUAUUUAGAAUUAUUGAUUUACUAGUCAAAAUUUUGAAAAUGACCUUGGAGGAUGCACAGAAUGCAGCCCAAAAAGCAGUACACUUUGACACUAAUAGCCAAUACAAACAAGCUUUGUACUAUUACAAUACUGCUGUUACAUGUCUUACUAAACUGCAAGAUUCUGUAUAUGAUCAGAAAGUUACAGAGUAUCAAGGUAGAAUAGCAGCAAUACAACAGCUGAUUAAUGAAGAGGAACAAAACCAGCAUGGAGCACAGCCUGUGCAUCAGUCAGAAUUGCAAAGAUGUAUGUUCCUUGUAAACCAAGCACAAGGUGCAGAUGAAGCAGGGCUAAAAGAUACAGCUGUAAAAUUGUACACAGAUGCUGCUGAACUUGGACUCAAAGUUAAAACUACGGACGCGACCGUGAAAGGGAAAUUAACAGCUCUUGUUCGACUGGCCUUAGACAGAGCAGAAUCGCUGAAAGAUUUGAAAGUAGAGAGCAAUAAUGAUAUUCUUAAAAAACUUUCCCAAUUACCUCCUGUACCGGAAACAAAUUUGGAUGUAGAUAUAGAGACAGUAUCACCGGCAUCGACAACCUCAACAAGUCCCAGUAACAUGGGCAAACAGACUCGACCACCGCUACAUCGUGGCAGCAGUGCUCAUCUGAAAGUAAGCGGCGGUAGUAGUAACUAUUCCAAGGAGGAGAAACGGGUUUUACUUCAUAGCUCUCACAUCAACAACAACGAAUUCGUACCUUUUAUGAGCAUCGAUCUCUCAGAAAAGUUUCAAUACGCUAUCCCGUUCACUGACAAAGACGGUUUGCUGGAAUUAGCGCCAAAACAAAAGCCUGAUUUUGCGAAGUGGGCUCGUCCAGAAGAAUUGUUCCCCGAACCAAAAAUGCUCGCAACUCACCACGUCGACUAUUACUGCAUAAAACAAACUGUGGUUUCCGAUUGUUCUUUCGUUGCAUCCCUUGCGGUCAGCGCUCAAUACGAAAAGCGAUUCGGGCGUAGACUAAUCACGUCCAUUAUUUAUCCACAAAAUAGAAGUAAAGAGCCAAUUUAUAAUCCUUUCGGAAAGUACAUGGUGAAACUACACAUUAACGGUGUGCCACGCAAAGUUAUAAUAGAUGACUUAUUGCCUGUGAGCCGAUACAACCAAUUACUUUGUUCCUACUCUAGCAAUCGUGGCGAGCUGUGGGUCUCGUUACUUGAAAAAGCAUACAUGAAAGUAAUGGGUGGUUACGAUUUUCCUGGUUCGAACAGUAAUAUAGAUUUACACGCGCUGACUGGAUGGAUUCCAGAGAGGUCGGCCAUAAGACCAGGCGAACCGGAGUUUAAUAAAGACCACUUGUUUAACAUUUUAUUAACACGGUUGCACAAAGGAGAUGUACUGGUGACAGUAGCCACCGGUGAAUUGUCCGAUUCAGAUGCUGAAAGGACUGGCCUCGUGCCUAGUCACGCGUAUGCGGUCCUAGACGUCAAGGAAAUAAACGGGGAGAGAUUGUUACAGCUGAAAAAUCCAUGGUCGCAUUUACGAUGGAAAGGAAAUUAUUCUGAACUCGAUAGGACACAUUGGACCAACGAACUGAGAAAAUCUUUAAAUUACGACCCAGAUUCUGCCUCUCAAUUCGACAACGGUAUAUUCUGGAUCGACUACAACAGUGUAUGUCGGUUUUUCGACCUGUUUUACUUGAACUGGAAUCCAGGUCUAUUCAAUUACACUUUCUGCAUUCAUCAAAUGUGGAAUGCAGGAAUAGGUCCAGUAAAAGAUGCAUAUAACAUCGGCGAUAAUCCGCAGUUUUUACUGGAUGUGCAAAGCAACGGUGCAGGAGUUAUAUGGAUACUUCUUACUAGACAUAUUACAGACAUUGCAGACUUCCGGCAGAAUCAGGAGUACAUAACAGUAUUAGUCUACCGAAACAGCGGAAAAAGAGUGUAUUAUCCUCAUGAUCCACCACCGUACAUCGGUGGUAUAAAAAUAAAUAGUCCGCACUAUCUUUGCAAAGUAAAAUUGGACACCCAAAGCGACACUCGAUACACUCUGGUCAUUUCACAAUAUGAGAAAACCAACACAAUAUAUUACACUUUACGUGCAUAUGGAACGUGUCCAUUUACGUUACGGAAAAUACCAAAUUAUUACGAAUACGAAAAGGAGAUAACCGAUGGUCAAUGGAGUGGUAUUACAGCUGGUGGAUGCAUUAAUCAUCCAACGUAUCAAAAUAAUCCACGUUACCAAUUACAGUUAGAGUCCUCGAACAAUAAUAACUAUCUAUUAAUUAUACUAAAGGGUCCAAAACAAUAUCAAAUAGGUUUUGAUAUCGUAUCUGUCGUAUUGAAUGAUUCAGAUGCGCCUGGUGCAUUCAAAAUGAAAAGCUCUGGCCUCUAUAGGUCGGGAUUUGUCUAUUUAGAAUUGGACGAUGUACCAGCCGGCACCUAUAAUAUUAUUCCAUCAACGUAUAUCCCCGAACAAGAGGGGCCUUUCUUCUUAACCUGUAAAUCGUCUUGCAAACUGCAACUUCAACGGCUUCAGUAACUGAAAUUCAUCUACAUACGAAUGACUGUUUUUGUAUAAAAAAAAAAGUUUUUAAUAGCACGUUAUAAAAUUGCGACAAGCACAAUGUACUAUGAGUUUGUACGCACCGAUUGUGAUAUGUAAAAAAGAUGUAAAGUUAACGUUACCAAAUCCGUAAAUAUACCAAAAUAUACAC